AUGCUAAUAUUCCCAUUAGUCGAGACCGGCGAAGAAGAGGAGAAGACGUACUUCUCCUGCAAAGCCAAACUCUUCCAGUUCUCCGAUAAGGAGUGGCGCGAGCGCGGAAUCGGCACAUUCAAGGUCAACGUCAAGGUCACGGACGGCAAGGAGGACAAGAAAUCCACUCGACUGAUUAUGCGCGCCGACGGUGUCGGACGGGUGAUGCUGAACACUCCCAUCUUCAAGGGCAUGACGGUUGGCGACGCCGCGGGCAACGAACCGAACUCGAAACAUAUUCAUCUGGCCAGUCUGGAGAGUGGUCGCUCUGUCCCCAUUCUGCUGCGGGUAAGUCCUUCAUUCCUUGAGUGA